UUCCCUGCCUUCUUCACUGCCUCAACCUCCUUCUCUUCUUUCAAACCAACUACUCCUUGCUCACUCAAUCAUCUCAAAAUGCUGCAGGCUGCUCUCUCCUUCCAACCAUCAACUCUCCCCAGAGUCACACCAUCCAAAACCUUAGUUUCACCGCUCCAUUCCAUUUCUGCUCCAAGAACCUCCCUGUGCCCCUCAAUCAAAGCCACUGCAGUUGCCAAUGAAGCUUUGAUGGUCGAUUACAGUUCCAUGGCCUCUGUGUUUCCAGCCGAAGCUUGCGAGACAAUUGGAGGAGAUGCUUGCAAUGUAGAAAUGUAUCCUGAAGUGAAGCUCGAUUCAGCACCACGAAACAACAUGCCAAGGACGGCAUCAGAAGGGGUAGAGAGGGAGUAUCUUGAGUACAAUGAUCCCAAGACGGUAUUUCUUGGAGAGGCUUGUGAUGAUCUCGGAGGAGAAUUCUGUGAGCCUGAGUACCUGAGAACCUGAGUGGAGUUCACUAAAAGAGACCUUGUAUAUAAGAUCUAGUCUGUCUGUUCUUCUCCAUCCUUGUACUUAUAUAUGUAGUGUAUUUAAACGAGAGUUAUAUUAUAUGUUGAAAUAUGUAUAGA